UGCCACGUCAGUGGUGUGUUUAGCUUUCAAGCUGUCAAGUGCCUGAGAAAGUUCAGCUGUUCAGCUAUAACUCAAUGGAGGAGGCUUUCUAUGCAUUUUAAAGAAUAAAUUAAGUUUUCUUCCACGUAAACACUAUGAGAUACCCUUUUCUUUUAAUUCUGGCUGUGUACACAGCCUCUGCAAAUGCCACCGAAUUAACUUUUGAAUUGCCCGAUAACGAGAAACAAUGCUUUUACGAGGACCUAGAGCAAGGAGCAAAGUUUGAUAUAGACUUUCAGGUUAUUGCUGGAGGAAACUAUGAUGUUGACUGUUUUGUGACAGAUCCACUGAAUAAUAUGCUGUAUCAGGAACGAAAAAAGCAGUAUGACAGCUUUUCCCAUACAACAACCAUGAAGGGAGUGUACAAGGUCUGCUUUAGCAACGAGUUUUCAACCUUCUCUCACAAAACUGUUUACCUGGACUUCAGAACUGGAGAGGAUGACAGAUUAAUGCCUGACAUGAAUGGAGUGACAGCUCUCACACAGAUGGAGUCAGCCUGCCUGUCUAUCCAUGAGAUCCUGAAAGUGGUUUCAGAUUCUCAGACUUGGUAUCGUCUUCGGGAGGCUCAGGACAGAAUCAGGGCUGAAGACCUGAGUGAACGUGUGCAUUUUUGGUCCAUUGGGGAGACCAUCAUCCUGUUUGUGGUCUGUAUUGGCCAGGUGCUUAUGCUUAAGAGCUUCUUCAGUGAGAAGAAAGCCAAUGUUGCCACCAGCACAUAGACCUAGUUUUCUAGUCUGCCGCAUUUUCUCCGUUAAUCAGUCUGAUCCCCUUAAAACAACCUUGACUGAUGCCUACAACCAACCAAAAAUUACAUCUGUGU